UGCUAACAGCUCAGUUAGCUUCACGGUGCUGGAAGACUCUUGAACAGUUGAACUUUAUUUUAAAUUCAGUUUAUUUUCGGAGCUUCUGCGCGCUUGAAUGUUCACUGAGAGCAGCGGCUGAAACAGCAGUUAGCUGCUACUGUUGUUUUUACCUGCGUUAUGAUGGAGCUCAUUUAGCUUCAGUUUAGCUUCAUGCUAACAGCUGCCGCGGUGUGACAGCGGGAUGAUAAAGUUCGUGCUUAUGGUGAACCGGCAGGGACAGACUCGUCUGUCCAGGUAUUUCACACCUGUGGAGCUCAGCAGGAGGACGGCGCUGGAGGCCGACGUGGUCCGCUGCUGCCUGAGCCGCAAGAAGGACCAGUGUUCCUUUGUGGAGUACAAAGACUUCAAACUGGUUUACCGUCAAUACGCGGCGCUCUACAUCGUGGUCGGCGUCACGGACAGCGAGAACGAACUCUCCGUCUACGAGCUGGUUCAUAACUUCGUGGAGGUUUUGGAUAAAUACUUCAGCCGCGUGAGCGAGCUGGACAUCAUGUUCAAUCUGGACCGAGUCCACAUCAUCCUGGAUGAGAUGAUCCAGAACGGACACAUCGUGGAGACCAACAAGAGCCGCGUCCUCGCACCGCUCGCCGCCCUCGACAAGAUGGCAGACGGCUGAGGCUCGACAGGAAGUGAUGUCAGACUGACAUCAUCAGCAGGAAAUGACAUUGUUUAUAUUUGUUUGAUUAUUUUUUGGGUCGAAAUCCUUUGAAUUUUUCUGCAGUAAAACGUUAAAUUUGCAGCCUGAUGUUUGUUUGUUUGUUUACUUUAUCACUGCAGCUGAUAAACAAACACGUGUCAAAUGUAAAUAAACGUAAAUACUCGACAGGAUUCAGACAGAUUUUUACCAAUAAAUUCACGACUUUUCCAGGA